CUUCAUUGAGAAGCGUAUUUACAGCUAGUGCUUUUACCUGAUAUGUAUGGAACCACCACACCGCAUCGGACGCUACAUUUCACACACCCCUCUCUAUCUAUCCCCUCUCCACAUCCCCUGUCAGCGCACAAGAGUGCCAUCGACCCCACCAAGCAUGCAAAGCGGAAACUCAAGAAAUCCGCAACACGAUCGGCCUGAUGAUGGCGGAAUGGCGAAUGCCAAAAAAUUGAAACCUACAGGAGGCGCAAUAGAACCUAGCCAGCCUGUUCGCGUCGCUGAGACCACCACCUCAGCUGCACUGUCCAAUCCCGGAGGUCCUUCAGGAACUGCACCGCCACCGAGCACCGCCCUGAUAUACAGCUCCAAGAUUGGGCUUAAAGCUAUGCACGCUAAACAGCACCAAGACGUCGCCGAGGCGGCAGCCAUGGAGGACAAAACCAUGGAGCAAGAGGCCCAGGAGGAUUGGAUCGAGGUCCAACGCGCCCGCGACCGAUUUUUCGCUGCAUCGAUUCACCUGGAUAACAUCCACAGCGACACCGCCGCGGAAAAUAAAUCUGAGCUGCAGGACAUCCUUCUACGGGCUCCUGUGGUGUAGUAAAUGAGAAUCAGUUGGUUGUUCUUGCAAAGUUAAUAUUAGAUCACGGGGAAGAGCACCGCCCUCAG